UAUUCUUUAAUGAUUACAGGUGCUGUUUAAUCACUGAUUGACCCUAACCCACCAUCCUGAUAAAGUGGCAACAUGUGCAAACUCACUCUAACUGCAGGUCUCUGUUUGAUCAUCGCCAGCUUGGGUUAUCCUGGCCUCAUGGAGACAGCUGCAGUGCCACCAAACUUUUGUAAUGGAAAGAGCAAUGGGCAAUACACCAACCCUGCCGACCCACAUUCUUUUUACAAUUGUUGGGAUGGAAGAACCUACCUCCAAUACUGCCCAUCAAGUCUGGUCUUUAACCAAAAAUGCAGCUGCUGUGACUAUCCUGCACCUCCACCUACCACAACUACAACUCCCACUACCACAACAACUCCACCUACUACAACUACAACUCCACCUACCACAACUAAAACUCCACCUACCACAACUACUGCUGUGACUAUCCCGCAAAGACCAAUUGAUAACUUCUGCAAUGGAAAGAGAAAUGGGCAAUACACCAACACUGCAGACCCACAUUCUUUUUACAAUUGUUGGGAUGGAAGAACCUACGUCCAAUACUGCCCAUCAAGUCUGGUCUUUAACCAAAAAUGCAGCUGCUGUGACUAUCCUGUAACUCCACCUACCACAACUAAAACUCCACCUACCACAACUACAACUAAAACUCCACCUACCACAACUAAAACUCCACCUACCACAACUACAACUCCACCUACUACAACUAAAACUCCAAGACCAAUUGAUAACUUCUGUAAUGGAAAGAGCAAUGGGCAAUACACCAACACUGCAGACCCACAUUCUUUUUACAAUUGUUGGGAUGGAAGAACCUACCUCCAAUACUGCCCAUCAAGUCGGGUCUUUAAACAAAAAUGCAGCUGCUGUGACUAUCCUGUAACUCCACCUACCACAACUACAACUAAAACUCCACCUACCACAACUAAACCUCCACCUACAACAAAUAAAACUCCACCUACCACAACUACAACUCCACCUACCACAACUACAACUCCAUCUACAACAACUCCAACUCCACCUACCACAACUAAAAAUCCAACUACCACAACUAAAACUCCACCUACCACACCUACCACAACUACAACUCCCACUACGACAACUACUGCUGUGACUAUCCCGCAAACACCAUUUGAUAACUUCUCUGCUGUGACUAUCCUGUAA